AUGACUUUGACCAAAGACCCUUUCCACUGGACCCUUGAUGAGGUUGUUACAUUCUUUUGUCAUGAAAGGGCCGGGGAUUGGUCUUAUAAUCUGGCUUGCCCAGAUCUUAUGGCUCUCGAGAAUUCCCUCCGAGAACAUCUAGUCACCGGCUCAGCUUUGCUCUAUAUCACAGAAUGGCAGGUGAGAGACCUUGGCAUAAGAAUUAUCUCGCAGUGCCAGUAUAUUCUGAGAGCCAGUAAAUGGCUACAGGCACGAUCGCCAAAGUUCUAUCAGUUGGAGCAACCGCAGCCUCCUCCUAAAGCAUUCCUCAAUGGACAACUUUCUCCAAAAGGCCUCGAUGAUCCCGUCAAUACCACCCCCCUUAUUAAUGAUCACAUCGACCUUACCCUCUCUGAUAAUCUCAUCAGCUCCGCUCCUGUCCUUGAUCGUCCCUCACUACCCCAAACAGCGAAAAAGAAACCUCGCCGGAUGGAGACCACCGUCAUCGAACGCCCACCCACACCUUCUCUCCCGGAUACCCUCACUCCCAAUGAACCUGCUCCGAACUCCGGCUUUGGGCACAAGGACUUUCUUGAUUAUCUUGCUAAGACUUACCCCCCAAACGAUACGGAUAUCCUCCCACUUCUUGGAGAUUCUAGCUCCGAGGCCGAAUAUGAUACAGAGACUCGCGAGGAAAUGGAAGAGGAUGAGGGGCAAUCCUCCCCGGAUACUUCUGGGAACCUGGAAGAUACUGAGUUUAAUGAAAUCGUCGAUGAAUACAUUGAUACACGGAAGACCCAGUUCAUCGACAUUCGGUUGCCGAAAGAGCUGCCGAAAGCAUUUCAAAUUUGGACCAGGGGCCAAAGGCUCCCGAGCAUGAAAAGUCAAAUCUCGACACGGCUCGCUCACCUGGAGAAACGUUGCCAAGCCCUCCGCAAAGCACUCGCAGAGGCGCAACAUUCAUCCCGCUCGUCCUUACUUCAAGCAUGUGCAUGCCUCGAUCCCACUGUGAUCGAUAUCUUCUUGGAUCAAUGGAAGCUAUCCGUUCUGGAGCAAACUAGCCCGCCGCCAAAAUUUGCUCGUCCGCCACGCACCCCGCGGCCAGAAAAGCCCAAUGUGAAUUUGGACGGGGAAGAGACUCUCAGUUCAGAGUCGGAUUUCGUGCACGACACUGGAGAUGAGAUGGAAGAUGAAUCAUCAGAACAAUCGGAAGAUGGAUCAGAAUCGGAAGGCGGAUCAGAGCAAUCGGAAGACGCCCUUGUUUCCGAUCUCGAACAGAACGAGGCUGCACCGGAUCACGAAGAGCCACGUUCUCGCACAGCUUAUCGAGAUGGACCGUUCCGUGACUCCUCUUCAGACGAGGACCUCAGCCAUCUUUUCUACAAAGAAGAGAAUUACGAGCCCCCGGUCGCCAAGAGGCGCCGCCUGAAGACAGAUAGCGUCCACAGAUAUAGUCCAGCUUCACCACUGAUACCGAUGACAACUUUGCCCUCGAAUGAGGGUAAAGCAGAGGGUCAGGUAGAUGCACAAACUUUUCCUAUCAUCCCGAAGCGCCUCAACACUAGGUUCGUGGACUUGACGAGUGACAACGGCAGUGACAACGGCAGUGAAACUGACGACGCUGUGAGUAUUUUUGACGAUGUCUCGCCUAUGCUGUGGGCAGCUAUCGAGGAAAGUGGAAACCGACGUCAUCUUGUAGCGAAAGCACUCAUAGGUCUGCCGAAGAAUCGGUUCAACCAACUUUCUAAAUAUCUCAGGUCUUACAUGCUCUGUGUAUAUCGAGAACAUAUGCGAGAUGCACUAAAACACAUGUCUGACGAUUCAUCGGUGAUCGAGGGAAUGGACGCCGAGGAGAGCCAUUCUGCAAUGUUAAUGGCCGCCUUGUUCGUGUCGUGGGUCAACGUUAUCCAAGUCCCCUGUGGCGCCUUUACAGUAAAAGAAAUCAAGGCUACGCUUAUGGCGGUCGGAGAGGACAGCGAUGAAGACCAAUUCGCGCAAUUUUUUGGGUGUUUGAACGAUCUUCUCUGGAGAUGCAGAAAGUGGAUGGAUUUGUCCUCUCAUGUCCAACCCGACGAAAUGAACCCAUCCAUUCGACGCAACGGCAAGCGGAAAUUGGCCAACCCCAAAAUCACUUUGUCUCGGGCCCAGAAGGAAGGCCAAGAACGGAUAGACAAACAAGCCGAGGCUAAAAGAGUGCUUGCGUCUCGGUUUGCCCAAGGGAAUGCUCCUAAGGAAAAUAUUCCAAGGCCGGUUUCGUUCCGACUUCCCAUGAUAUGCCUAGACCCCUAUAUCGCGCAAUAUGUCAAAUCCUACCAGCUCUCUGGAAUUCAGUUUAUGUUCCGAGAGGUUAUUGAGAACAAAAGACAAGAAGGGUGUUUGCUAGCCCACACUAUGGGGUUAGGCAAGACGAUGCAAGUUAUAUCCCUUCUUGUUACAAUUUCCGCUGCCGGGGCAUCACAAUUCCCGGCCAUUCGUGACCAAAUCCCUAAAGAAUUGCGACAAUCCAAAACCCUGCUACUGUGCCCAGCAUCGCUAAUCCAAAAUUGGUGCGAUGAGUUUGCAAUGUGGUCCCCCGAGAACCACCAUCUUGGCAAGGUUCGAGCCAUUCCGACAAAAAACCAGCUCCUUGACCGGAACGAAGAGAUUCGCGCGUGGAAUGAGGAGGGUGGUAUACUGAUUCUCAGCUAUAACAUCUUCCGCAUUCUCGUGAAGGAGGACAAUGCAGAAAAGAACGAGGAGCAGGGACAACCAUCGGUCAACAAAAAUGUCAAAAACUGGGUGUUGAACAGCCCAACUCUCGUUGUGGUCGACGAAGCUCAGAAUUUACGCAACCAUGAAAGCCAGCUUGCCGAGGCAACCUCCCGUCUGCGCACUCGGAAGCGGAUUGCGCUCACUGGCACUCCGAUAUCCAACGGUUUGGAAGAUUACUAUUGGAUGGUUGAUUGGGUUGCCCCUCAGUACCUGGGAGACUUUGCUGAUUUCAAUGAUCAAUUCAUCAAGCCCAUCGAAAAUGGCUCGCAGAUUGAAAGUAGCAAGUUUGAUCGAAGAGAGGCACUCCAGCGCCAGGAGCUGUUCCUUCGCAUCAUCAACCCCAAGGUACAGCGAGCGGACAUGUCCUCACUGAUAAACGACCUGCCGCCAAAGUUCGAGUUCUCUGUUUACUUCGAGCCGACCAGCAUUCAAAAAGCUGUGUACAACAUCUUUAUCAAAGGUGUAGCACUGAGGAAUGAAGCGGGUGUCCGCUCGGAGCUUAUGUCUUGGCUGCCUCUUCUCAAGCUUUGUUGUAAUCACCCGGCCCUUUUCAAGGCGGAACUGGAAUCCCGGAAGACCAAAUAUGUAUCCGGUAAACAGAAAAGUCCUAGCGGUGAUGACCCGGGUAAUAAUCUCGGGUCUAAUCUCGCACCUAAUCCGGGACCUAACCUCGCAUCUAAUCUCGCAUCUACCAUUCCUGUCGAAGAGCAAAUCAUUCCCAGGUCAAUGUUAUCUGAACUGGAUGAUGUGUUCAAGGAGGCUCCUAACUUGCUAGAACCGAGCCUAUCCAGCCGGGUGAUGAUCCUCAAUGAGAUAGUCAAGCAGGCAAUCUCCGUCGGGGACAAGAUCCUAGUCUUUUCUUCCAGUAUCCCAACGCUGAAGUAUCUGGGGGAGAUAAUGGACGGAGCACAGAUCAAGUAUUCUCUCCUCCACGGCAAUAUAUCUCCAGCGAAGCGUGGCGAGGUAGUUCGGAGCUUCAACAACGAUCCCUCAACCUACGUCUUUCUCAUCUCCACCAAAUCCGGUGGCGUUGGCUUGAACAUCCAGGCCGCGAACCGCGUUGUCAUUUUCGAUUUCCAGUUCAACCCUACCUGGGAACAGCAGGCAAUCGGACGCGCCUACCGCAUUGGUCAGAAAAAGAAAGUCUUUGUGUACCGAAUGGUGGCUGGUGGCACCGUUGAGGAGAAGAUCUACAACAAGACGAUUUUCAAGAGUCAGCUUGCCGGCCGGCUUCUCGAUGAUGAGCACGUUGCUCGUAUGGGCUCGAAGGCCUUAGAGCGGUAUCUGGUUCCCUGGGAAGAGAGUCUCCACAAAGGCGGGAUUGAUGAAACUGCGUUCGCGACCGAUCCCGAGAUGAUGGGGAGAGUGAAGGCUGAAUGCGCCGAGUCCAUCCUCAAGAUCAAACUUUGUGUCGAUGAAAUCGACCCCGAGGACAGAUUGACGCUUGAAGAACAGAGAUUGGUCGAGAAUCAAUUGAAACUUCGACUUGCGUCUAUGGGAUCGUGA